UCUCCCACCUACCCAAGGAUGAAGCCGAUACUUCUCCUCCAACUCGCUGGCCUGGCCGUAUCUGCAAAGCUGUACGAACGCGCCAUUUGCACAGUCGAAUCACUUGACGACCCCGAGAAAGACGAUGCCCCAGCCAUCAACUCUGCCCUCCGAGCCUGUGCAGGGGGUACCACAAUUCUGCCCCUCGGUCAAACGUUCAAUAUCCAGACGCCCCUCAAUCUGUCCUCCUGCCAAGCGUGCAGCUUUCAAAUCGAUGGCAAUCUUAUUAUCUCCGCUGACUGGAACAAAUGGAAGUCCCAAACUGCAGCCAUACACAUUGCCGGAACCACCGCAGCAGUAAUCACUAGCCAAGCAAAAACUGGACUCAUAGAUGCCAGCAAUUUCGGGUGGGACGGGCGGGAAUCCUCUCCACCAGAAACUUUUCCUUCUCUCUUCAGCAUCACCGACCAGAGCUAUCAGAUCCACAUUCGCGAACUAAGAACUAAGAAUGUACCAGGGACGGCGUUCAGUAUCGCGUCCGGGAGCUCUGCAGUGCGCCUCUACGGAAUUGACUUCCUGGAUGCCGCUUCCACGGGAUACCAUGUGGAGCAAUCCCAGCACGUCUACGUCUGGAACAACACAAUCCGCGCUACACAGGCUUGCGUGUCUAUUUCUCCUAACUCUUCCAACAUUCAAGUCGAAGAUUCGACGUGUAUCGUCACCGGGUCUGCGUCGCAAAGCGGGUUCCAGGUUGGCUUUCCAGACAGCAGCAACAGUGGUUUGGGCUUUAUUCGAAACAUCUUUGUCAAGAGCGUGAGAGCCAUUGGCAGUAUGAGCGUUGUAGUAUUCCGACCCGGUACGCCCGAGGACGGUAGCCAACCCUACCCAGUUGAGAUCACGAAUGCCACAUUCACCGACAUCACCAUCAGUGGGCCGGCGAAGCAGGCGGUGCUCGUUGAAGCGGGGGAUAAUAAGCUGACAGCGACGGAUAUCUCUUUCAAUGAUUUCAAAGGCGAGGUUGAAAAAGACAGCGAGCUGAAAUGUCCUGUACAGGAAUAUGUCUGUGAAUUCGAAACUAAAGACUGGGAGCUAGAAGUAGUGGCAGGCAGUUGAUGCAAUAUACUGCAGUGAUUGUGAGCAUCUUGCUGAACGUGGCCGAUAUU